AUGGCACUUGAGAACGACCAAAACCCGGGAGUGGUGGAUGAUGAGUUGAGGGUUUAUGGGGUUCAAGGAUUGAGAGUUUACAAUUGUGAUACGAGUAUUUUUCCGCAGAUUGUGUCGGGACAUUUGCAGGCGCCUGCGGUUAUGGUGGCGGAAAAAUGUGCGGAUUUGAUGAUAAAUCGGAUAGAAAUUAAAUCCUUCGAUGACGGUUAUGGCGUCGUAAAUGUUCAUUUGGAAUUUGGGAUAAAGGUAAAUGGAGAUGGAGAUCAUGGAUCUGAAGAUCGAUCACCCCGUCGUAACGCAGUAGUCAAAUUAUUAGUAGUGGUUCCCCUGCCAAUGAUUUAUGCAUAG